AUGUCUGUUAAACUAAGUGAAUUAGUAUAUAACACAAUAAGUGAUACCCAUUCAGAACCUAGUGAAGUAGAAAUGCAAACAAUAGCAAAUGCCGUUGAAAGAGUAGUAGGAGCAGAUAUUGUUCUUCGGAAACAAAUAGAACAAAAAAUGCGUAAUUAUUCAAAACAUCUUGUAACAGAUGGAGAGAUGUUAAAUUGUUUAAUAUUGGCAAAUUAUGUAGUUCAAAAUUCUCCUAAUUUCAGGACACAAGUAGCUGAAUUUUCUUUUAUGGCUUUAUUACAACAAAUUGGUAAAAUGAAAAAAUUACAUGAAGAAGCAAACCCAGUUGAAGAUAAAGUAAGAGAACUUAUUGCUGUUUGGGGAACUUAUUUCCCAUGCGAAUUAAGUGAAUAUAAAAUAUUGUAUCGAAAAUAUACAACUCAAUGUGUUAUUGAUCCAUCUUCUCAACCAACUACAUUCCUUCCAAGUCAAAUCAUUAAAUUAAUUCCACAUGUAGAACAUAAUUUAAGAAAUAUUUCACGUGCUAUUGAAACAAAUAGUGGAGAUUUACAAAGUAUUUACAAUUAUGCAGAAAAAAUUAGUACUAAAUUUAAUCGAGAAUGUAGUAAAUGUCAUGAAAAUGAAAAUAGAUAUGAUAUGGAUAAAUUAAAAGAAGCAGAGGCAAUUGGUAAACGUUUGACUGAUUCUCUUAUAACCUUGAAAAAACGUAUAUCUGAAAAAGGAUGUAAAAAACUCCCUUUAAUGAAAGAUUCUUUACCUUAUGCUUUUUCAAUGAAAGAUACAACGUUAAUAAAACCAAAAGUUACAUAUAAAAAUACAUUUAUAUUACCAACACCUCCAAGUUGUAAUAAAUUAAAAAUUAAAAAUAAAGGAGGAGAGUCUCUUGUAUCUCAUAGUUUUGUAUUACCAGAAACAAAACAUGAGACUCCAAGUCCUCUUCCUUUAGGAGGUCUUCAAACUAGUUCAUGUCAUUUCCCUUAUACUCCAGACGAAAGGUCUCCUUGUGAAAAUUCGUCUUCUCCUGAUGUAUUUGCUUUUGAUGAAGAAAUGUGA